AUGUCCGCUCAAAUUCUAAAAUCCAUUGCUACCCGUAGAACUAUCUACGCACUAAAGCCAGAACUGCCAUCUGAAGUUUCUAUCAAGAAUGUUCAAGCCACUAUCCAAUCUAUCAUCAAGGAUACACCAACUGCUUUCAAUUCUCAAGGUAACCGUGCUGUCAUUCUAACCGGUGCUACCCACAAAGCAGUCUGGGAUUCUGUUGUUAAGGCUAUCGAUUCACCAGAAGGUAAGAAGAGACCAGAAUCUGUUAGAGAUGAAGCUGCUGGUUCUGUUAUCUUUUUUACUGAUGACAAAGUUACAGAAGGCCUACAAGAGAGUUUCCCAGCCUUUGCAUCUGCUUUCCCAGAUUUUGCCAACCACUCUUCCGGUGCUGCUCAAAUUAUCUCCUGGACUGCUUUACAAGACGCAGGCUUAGGUUCUCAUUUACAACAUUAUAAUGGUUAUGUUAAAGCAGCUUUAGGUUCUAAGAUCCCAGAAAAUUGGACUGUUCAAGCUCAAUUAUGUUUUGGUACCCCAGCAGCUCCAGCUGGUGAAAAGGCUUUCAAUAAAAAUCCAGUUAAUAUUCUAGAAUAA